AUUGAAGUAAAUGAUAAUUUUUGCAUUGUUUUUUGUAGUGAGCCAAGCUGAAUAUGUGAAACAAAUUCUUCAUGAUCUAUCUGAUUUAAGUGACUUUACGUUUGAACCACAAAUAUAUGUAUGCUCAAUUUUAGAUUAUGACAUGAUUCUUUUAGAUCAAAAAAAUCCUUCACUAACCCUUAAUACAUCUAUAGACAAAGCCCACUAUUUUAUACAUCUUUAUAUUGAUUAUAUGUUUUUAGGAUAAUGGUAAGGAGAAACUAUAUAAAUUAUGCUAAAUAAUACUGUCAUAGAUGAUUAUAAAUACAUAUGGAAUAUUGACUCUAAUUAAGGAUUUAUUUGUAGUGAGUAUAAAUAUGUUUUAUUCUUUUUAGAACAUCCCCCUAAAAUUAUAUCACAAGAGAAAUACAAUUUUAUCAUAUAAAUUAGUAUUUAGAAUUGAAAUUUCAAAUAAUAGAGGGAGAUUUUAAAUAAUAAGUAGAUUUUCCUCCUUAACUUGGAAUAAGAAAUAUUUAAAUUAAUGCUAAAGAAUGUCAUCCAUUAUGUUCUAGUUGUAGUGGUCCAACAGAAAAUGACUGCAGAACAUGUCCAUAAUUUGCAAAAAAAGGCAAAAUAUCAAAUUAAUGUAAAUGUCCAACUUCAAUUCCAUUUAUAUAUUUUGAUAUUUGUAUUGCUUAUUGUCCAAAAAAUACUUUUAAAAAUGAAUAUAACAUUUGUUUUGGAAGCACUUUGAUUACAAAUAUAGAAACUUCACUUUUAAAUUCUUUUGAUCAUGGAUAAAAAAAUAAAACUUCUUUGUGGUUGUUAUCUCAAACCAGAACUACUUAAAGUUAAUUAUUAUUUAGACAUAAGGACAAUUAUUUAAUUGGUAUGUUUGAAGAAAGAUAGAUGCUCACAAUAAACUAAAAUAAUUUGAUUGGACAUCAUAGAAUAAGAGUAAGGUUUAAUUUAUUUUUAUUUUAUUCUUGGGCUGUUAAUGAAUAUAUUAUCACAAUUAUAGAUUAAGUCAUUUAAAAGCCAUUAUUGUAUAGCAAGGAUGGAUUUAUCAAUUAUGUAAAUAAAGAUUCAUGUAUUAAUUAAGAGGUUAUUGAAUGUUAAGUUUUCAUUGUAGAUUAUUAUCUUAACCAUACCAGUGAUAAUGUAUAAAUUUAAAUUUAUAGUGAAACCUACAAAUAAAGUAGUUCAAGAUGGGCUAUCUCUGAUUUCUUUGUAGAUAUUUUAAGAUGUUCUUAAAAUUGUGAAAAAUGCUUAAAUGAUUAAGAGUGUUCGAAAUGUGAAAUAGGAUAUUUUUUAUUGAAAUCGUAAUGUGUAAUAACUUGCCCCUUAUCCUAUAGUAUUUAAAAAGAUAACAAUUGUUUAGAAAUGGAUGAUGAAACUUAAUGUAUUUUAAUAAUAAUAUAAUAUUAGAAUCAGAAUAUUUAUUAAAAGAAUUAAUUUAGACAAAGUUACAUGGUAUGAUGCCUAAUAAAACUAGUUAUUUUAAUGGAUAUCGUCAUUUAGGAGGACUCUAGGUUUUAAAUACUAGAUUUGUUAAGUAAUUUGAAUAUUUGAAACCCCAUUAUUAAAUAAGAGCAGCAUUCAAAGUAGAUUUAUUAAAUAUAGGAUAAUCAAACGGAUAUGUAAUAGUAAUUUUAGGAAAUUAUUCACAUGAAAUUACUACAAAUCCAGUUAAAUUAUAUGAAAGUACAACAUUAAAUUUUAAUUUUGCUCAUUCUUCAUAAUAUUUGAAAUUGAGUAUUUAUUCAUAUAGUUAAUCAACAUUUUUUAAAUCAGGAAUUUCUAAUAUGAGAAUAGUUAUUGAUUAUUGUUACCCUACUUGUACUGCUUGUAUAGGACCAACAAUAUAAGAAUGUUUAUAAUGGUCUUAUGAUCCUAAUUAUGAUAGAUUAUAACAUUCUUGUUUAUAAUAAACAUUUUUUUCUAAUGAUUCUUGUACAUCUUGUGAUUAAUAAUGUUAUUCAUGUAAUAAAUUAAACUAUUGUAUAAUUUGUUAAUCAGAAUUUACUUAAUCUGGAUAAUCAUGUUAUUGUAAUAAAGGUUAUUAUAAGGAUGAAUAAAAAGGUUGCUUGAAAUGUAUUGAUAAAUGUUCUGGAUGCUUUGGACCAUCCUUAUAAGAUUGUUAUGAUUUAUAGUUUAAAGAAAUUGUUUGUGAUGUUUAAACAGGAUAUUAAGUAGGAUAGGAAUGUAAUGAUGGUAAUUAUAAAAUAAGAGAUGGUUGUUCUAAUUGUAUUGUUGAUAUUGGUUGGACAUGUUAAAAUAAAAUUGGAUAAAAUUCAAAUUGUAUUAAAUGUCCUGAAAAUUGUACUGAUUGUAAAUAAAAUCAAAAUGAAUUAUAAUGUUUAUAGUGUAAAUCUGGUUAUUUCUUUUAUUAAAAUGGAUGCUUCUAAUGUAAAUUUGAAUGUCUAGAAUGUAAUUAUAUUGAUUAAUGUACUAAAUGUAGAAUCCUAACUUUCAUUCCAUAAAAUGGAAAAUGUUUAAUUUGUAAAAAUGAAAGUGGAUACUAUGAAAUUAAUGGAUAAUGUUAAUCAAAAUGUGGAGAUUAUCUAUAAACAUUAGAAGAACAAUGUGAUGAUGGUAAUUUAAUUGAUGGUGAUGGAUGUUCCUCUAAAUGUAUAAUUGAAAAAGGUUUUUAAUGUUAUCAAGGAAUUUGUUUAUUUAUUGAAACCUAAACUAAAAUGAAAUUAAAAUAUUCAAAUAAAACAACUACUAAUACUCUUAAAUUAGAUUUUGGUGAAUAUUCUACUAAAUGUGAUGAAAAGUAUUUAAGAAUAUAUUUAGAAAAUUUUGAACAAAAAGAUUUUAAUGUUUUUUUAGAUUAGAUGGAAGAUGAUUCUAUGAAAUAUUGUUAAAUCUCUUUUAAAUUUUAUAGAAAUGUUAGAAAUUCUGAUAUAAUCCAUGUUUUAUUUUAUAAAAACAAACUAAGAUUUUUAUCUAUAGAUUUUGAAGAAAUAAUAAUAUAAGCAAGAAGUGAAACAUUUUAUUCAGAUGAAGAAUAAUAAUAAGCUAAAUAAAUUUAAUCUUUAUAAAACAAUUUUGUUUCAGCACUUUAUUUUUUAGGUCCAGGAACCAUUGUAUUAGGAGGAUUUAACUUUUUUUUUAGUAUUUUAGAUAUUUUAGCAUGGCUUAAUAAUUUUUAUUAUUUCAAUGUUAUGUAUCCAGCUAAUGUUAAUAUCAUAUUUCUAAAUCCAGCAUGGGAAUUAAUAAAUCCUUUUGAUUAUACUCUAAUAGUUAGAAAAGAAACUGAUUUAGAUUAUAUUGAAAGUCCUAUUAGAUUUGAAUAAAAGGGAGUUGAUCCUUACUUUCUUAAUAAUAUGAUGAUGUGCUUUGUAACUUGGUUUCUAUGUGCUAGUCUUUACCCUAUUUGUAAAUUUGUUAUUUUAAUUAUUGAAAGAAUCUAUCAAAGAAGUCCUAAAUAAAAAAUAAAAAUUGUUCAAAUGAAAUAAAUGCCUAUUUUUCAUUUGGAUUAAAAUAUAUAAAAUUAAUAAGCAGAAACUCAGAUAAAAUUAGAAUAACCUGAAAAGUUUCCAUCUUUGGUUCAAUAUUUGUAUGAUAAUGCAUUUCAAUACUAAAUUAGUUUUAGAGCUAUCAUAAUUAAAUAAUUAAAUUUAGUUUAUCUAGAUUUGUGCAUGGCAAGUAUUCUUUAAUUAUAAUUUAUGGACAAAAAAGAAUAACCAUUAAUUUUUUUUUAAAUAUUCCUGUCAUUUAUUGGAUUAUUUAUUUGUAUUUCAAUAUUUUUUAUUGCUAUAAGGGUUUCUAAAUAAUCUAGUAUAUUAUUAAAAACAAAAUCUUAUUAAUUUAUUUAUGGCACAUUAUAUGAAGGAAUCGAUGUUAAAUCUGACAUAUCAAAAAUGUACUUUAGUAUAAGUUUUGCAAGAAAAAUGCUUUUUAUUAUAUUUUUAGUAAGUUUAUACAAUUAUCCACUUUUAUAAACAUCAUUUUGUUGUGCUGCUAGUUUUUUGAAUUUGAUAUUAUUAAUCUACAAAAAUCCUUUCGAAAGUAAAGUUUAAUAUAUUUAAAAUGCAAUUCCAGAUGGAACUAUUUUUUUUGUUUUAAUACUAUGUGUAGUUUUAGCAUUUGAUGAUUAAGAAUAAAAAUAUUCUUCUCAAACAAGAACUAACAUUGGUUGGGCUAUGUUAAGUUUUAUAUGUUUAUCAGUGUUAACAUAAUUAGGAUUAAUUUUAAGAUAAUUAAUAAUAGAUAUUAAAGAAAAUUAUUAAUGGAUCAAAAAUAAAUUAUGCAAAACUUGA